AUGACAAAUGAGUUCAAAUUUCAAUCCUUACAUUACACUUCGACAAUUCACCUAAUCCCAAUUGAGAAGGGUCUGGCAAAUUUCCCUCCCCCGUCUUAUCAAAAUUUCCCACCAUUCUCCUUCCUCGCCAAUUUACGUUUCAGGCUAACUUCUCUCUUAUCUGCAUUUUCUCCAUUGUUAGCGAUAUCGAGGUUGAAAGCUUCUUGCUCUACGAAAUUGUGGACAUCUCACAUGCUCUCAGAUACUCAAGGGACCCAAAGCAGAAUGAAAUAUAGAGGUUUAAUUCUCAUAUGCAGCCAGGAUUGCUACAACACAUCAGAACCAAAUACAGGAAUACUGAUGGUUGAGGCAGUAGCGUCUUAAUAUCAGUCAUGGUAUGUCCGAAAACCUUCCCAACACAAUGAUAUGGCUGACCUUUAACAUUCAUUUUUCAUCUUUUGUACUAAUUUUCUUCAACAUUAGGUUCCUCAAGAAAAUAAAAUGUUCUACCAAAAAUUAAGGCCAUUAUGGCUUAAUUAGUUUUGUCUUGAUAUUUUAUAACUGAUUGAGCCUCUAAAUAAACAGUAAAGAUGGUGUUCUGGAAUACAUUUAGUGCAUAUCAAGGUAAUAAACUCCUAGAUUUGAUUCCCUUGCAUAAUGGACUAGAGCUAUUGGUUAUCUACUGCAAGGCACAUCUAUCAGUUCCCACUUUUUGAAUUUUUUGUCUUUCUUCUUACCUAGAGUGGUGAUAAGGAUGUUUCUGGUUUAAAUAAAGGCUGAUUUAUACAUGAAAAAGUAAAGAGAAUUCCUGACCAAGAUUCUGCUUUUAUUUUACCUUUCAACCUGAGCCUUUUGACACCACUCACCUAAUAAAAAAAAGAAAGCCAAAAGCGAAAGCUGCCUACCAUUAGGGGGUCGAUACUCGAUAGUCUAUAAAGCUCAACAUGUAAUCAUAUCAUUUCCCAUUUUACUUACUUUAUUGUUAUUAUUGUUAUCACCUCUUUAAUUUAGGAAUAAAUUAACAUUAUCAGUUUGAUAUGCAGCUGCUAAAAAAUACUUCUAUGUAAAACAUGGUCUACUUUCUGAUACAUAGUAUAACUAUAAAAGAUCUACCUCUUUAAUACUACAACUUGAGGCAUAAAAAUUAAGAUUGCGUGGAUUGUGUCCAGUGGUAUUUGUUUUCUGUCACUUUAGAAACAUUAAACACCGUGACAGCUAUUUAUAGUUUGAUAUUAGGAAUUUCAGAAGAACACAUGUGAAUCUUUAAUUAUUAGAUCAUAGGUUACUACCAGAUUUGGUAUUUGGUUGUUAAUGUCAACUUUACUGUGCUAUUUAGUCUCAAAUACAUUAGUUUUCUCAAAUUGGGUUUCAAGUCAUGACAGCUACCAGCAAUCCAGCAUGCAUGUCCCUUAUUGCACUUUCACUUCACUGAUUCUGUGAUAUGUUUGCCUACUCUCAUUCCCCGAAAUUGGCAAUUGGCAUUUAGUUUCUCUAAUGCUUUUUUUUUAAUUUUAAUUUUUA